AUGGAACCCCGCGAGCGAGGUCCGGUUGAAGGUGUGGAGCUGCCUCUUGGACAUGGGAGCUUCUGCGGAGGCUGGAGGAGCUACACCGCUCCGAGACUCCGGUCUGCCCCACCGGACCUCAGCGCCGGGCUCAAUCCCAAACGGGAUUCGUGCCCUCAGAUCAACAGCCUCGGUCUCAUCUACACCAUCUACGUGGACGGACUGAGUGUGUCCUUGGAGAACGUCAUCGGGAACCUCCUGACCUGCACCAUCCCCAUCACCGGCGGAGCUCAGACUGACGCGGACGACGAAGCACCGAGGACCAUCUCCUUGGGCGCCGGCGACCGGCAGCUCCUCCAGACCCCCCUCCACGACUCCCUUCCCGUCAGCAGCUCCAGCGUGGCGCUCCUCUUCCGACAGCUCGGGAUCACCAACGUUCUGUACCUCUUCUGCGCGGCGCUGACGGAACACAAGAUCCUCUUCCUCUCCAGCAGUUACCAGAGGUUGACCGACGCGUGCCGAGCUCUCCUGGCCAUCAUCUUCCCCCUCAAGUACAGUUUCACCUACGUUCCCAUCCUUCCGGCGCAGCUCCUGGAGGUCCUGAGCACACCGACUCCGUUCAUCAUCGGAAUCCACUCCGUCUUCCAGUCGGAGACGCAGGAAUUGCUGGAUGUUGUUAUUGCCGACCUGGAUGGUGGCACCGUCAACGUUCCGGAGUGUGUCCAUAUCUCACUGCUUCCCGAACCUCUGCUCCAACAGACCCGGGAAGCCCUUUCCAUGGUUUUGGACCCGGAGUUGGAGGUGGCGGAUCUCGCAUUCCCCCCUUCCACCAUCUCCGCCUCUUCCCUCAAAAUGCAGGAUAAGGAGAUCCGAGCCGUCUUCCUCCGUUUGUUUGCGCAGCUCCUUCAGGGCUAUCGGUGGUGUCUCCACAUCAUCCGCAUCCAUCCCGAGCCCGUUAUCCGAUUCCAUAAGGCCGCUUUCCUUGGCCAAAGGGGUUUGACGGAAGACGACUUCCUCACCAAGGUCUUGGAGGGCAUGGCCUUCGCCGGCUUCGUCACGGAGCGCGGCGCUCCGUACCGCUCCAUCGACCUCUUCGACGAGCUCGUGGCGUACGAGGUGAAGCGGAUGCGAGCGGAAGAAGGGAAUAAGACGAAGAUCUUGAGGCACAUCAAGGAACUCGCCGAGAAGCUCUACAAAAACGAGAACCCCUACCCGGCGGUGGCCAUGCAGAAGGUGCAGAAACCCACGGAAUGUGGUCCUCUCCGUAGUCCCCGGAAGGCUUUUCCGCGCUUGGAUGAGGGGACGGUGCAGUGGAUCAUCGACCAGGCCACCGCCAAGCUGCAGGCCGCCCCGCCUGCCGUCAAAGCCCAGAAGAAGACCAUGGUCCCAUCAGGACCUCCCAUCGAUGCCAUCAUGGAACGCAACGGCAACGCUUUGGCCAACAGCGCCCGUCGCCUCGAGGUGGUCAGGAACUGCAUCUCCUACGUCUUCGAGAACAAAAUGUUGGAAGCCAAAAAGUUGUUUCCCGCUGUCCUCCGGGCCAUGAAGGGCCGAGCGGCCAGAAAUUGUCUCACCCAAGAGCUGAACCUCCACGUCCAGCAGAACCGGGCGGUGUUGGACCACCAACAGUUCGACUUCAUCAUCCGGAUGAUGAACUGUUGCCUUCAGGACUGCACGGCCGUGGACGAGCACGGAAUCGCCGCCGCUCUUCUGCCGUUGGUCACCGCGUUCUGCCGGAAGUUGAGUCCGGGCAUCACGCAGUUCGCCUACAGUUGCGUUCAAGACCACGUGGUGUGGACCAACCUCCAGUUCUGGGAGGCCAUGUUCUACUGCGACGUCCAGAACCACAUCCGAGCGUUGUACCUGGACGCCAACGAGGACAACGCCACCACCGAGGAGAGCAAAGAGGGACCUCAAGAGGUGAAGUCGGCGCUGGAGAUCGCGUCGGAGCAGUUGAGGUGGUGGCCCACCAUGAGCCGCGAGAAGCAGCAGGAGCUGAUCCAGAAGGAGGAGAGCACCGUCUUCAGCCAAGCCAUCCACUACGCCAACCGCAUGAGUUACCUUCUCCUCCCCUUGGACACCACCAAGAACCGCCUCCUGCGCAGCUCCGGCCUCGGCGACGGCGAGAGCGUCACCAACAGCUUCGUCACCAACAGCAUCGCCGGGAGCGUUGCGGAGAGUUACGAUACGGAGAGCGGCUUUGAGGACGCCGAAAGCUCCGAUGUGGCCAACGCCGUCGUGAGGUUCAUCAACCGCUUCGUGGACAAAGUGUGCACCGAGAGCGGAGUCACCAACGAACAUCUGAAGGGGCUCCACGUGAUGAUCCCCGACAUCGUUCAGAUGCACAUUGAGACCUUGGACGCCGUCCACCGCGAGAGCCGCCGCCUCCCCCCCAUCCAGAAGCCGAAGCUCCUCCGUCCCAACCUUUUGGUGGGCGAAGAGUGCGUCCUGGAGGGCCUCCGGGGGUUCCUCCUCCCCGACGGCCGAGAAGAAGGCGCCGGAGGUCCUCUUGGAGGUCCACCACUGCUCCCGGCGGAAGGAGCGGUGUUCCUCACCACCUAUCGCAUCAUCUUCAAAGGGACUCCCACCGACCCCCUGGUUGGAGAGGAGGUGGUGGUGCGGUCCUUCCCCAUCGCUUCGUUGACCAAAGAGAAGAAGAUCACUCUCCAGGCUCAGGUGGAUCCCUUCCUCCAGGAGGGACUUCAGCUGCGCUCCUGCACCUUCCAGCUGUUGAAGAUCGCCUUCGAUGAAGAAGUGGCUUCAGAGAGCGCUGAGAUCUUCCGGAAACAUCUCCAUAAGCUUCGUUACCCUCAAGACGUUCGGGGGACCUUCGCCUUCACCGUUGGCCAAUGGGCCAAGGAGGCCAUGCAGCCCAAGGCCAAGGAGAAGAACCCUUCCCUCAGGACCCUCUCCAAAAACCUGGUGAAGAACGCCAAGAGGACCAUCGGCCGUCAGUACGUGACCAGAAAGAAAUACACUCCACCGCCGUGGGAGCAGAGGGGCGGCCACCACCUCCCCGAGGACCACGAGGACGACAUCGCAGUGUCCGAGGAGAUGGACCGAAGCACUUUGACCUCCACCGCCGCCACCUCCACCCCCACCCUCCGCCCUUCGGAGAAGAUGACCAUCACCCACUUGGUGGAACGCGCCUGCUGCCGCGAUUACCAACGCUUGGGCCUCGGCACCCUCAGCAGUAGCCUCACCCGCGCCAAGAACGAACCCUUCCGCAUCUCCACCGUCAACCGCAUGUACGCCAUCUGCCGCAGCUAUCCCGGACUUCUCAUCGUCCCUCAAAGCAUUCAGGACAACACCAUCCAACGCAUCUCCCGCUGUUACCGCCAUAACCGCUUCCCGGUUAUUUGUUGGCGCCAUUCCCGCACCAAAGCCGUUCUCCUCCGUUCCGGUGGUCUCCACGGCAAAGGCGUCGUCGGGCUCUUCAAAUCCCAAAACGCUCCCACUGGAGGGCCUUCUCCGACGGAUUCCACCGCUUUGGAGCAGGAGAAGUAUCUCCAAGCCGUCAUCAAUUCCAUGCCCCACUACUCCGACGCCGGAGGGCGGAAUACGCUCAGCGGCUUCACCUCGGCCCACAUGAGCAGCUCAGAUGUCUCCGAGAAGCGCCAACCUAAGCUGGGAUCGCUGAUGAAGCAGGUGAUGGGCGGGAAGGACGAUGGGCCCGGGACCAUCAGCCGUGGAGGGAAGUGGGGCAGCAUCCGAGCCGGCGGGCGGAUGAGCAGCUACGCGUUGAACGUGGAGAUCGGCUCACGCUUGGCCGGCAAAGACCUUUUGGGCGCCCACCACAACGGUUCUCCGACGGACGGCGCUUUCCUGCGCCCGCGCCGCGCUGCGCUCUACAUCGUCGGCGAUAAAUCGCAGCUGAAGGGGGUGAAGCCGGACCCGCUGCAGCACUGGGAGGUGGUUCCCAUCGAGGUCUUCGACGUCCGGCAGGUGAAGGGCAGCUUCAAGAAGCUGAUGAAGGCCUGCGUGCCCGGCUGCGCCCCCGCCGAGCCCAACGUCACCUACCUGAGGGCUUUGGAGGACUCCGAGUGGUUGGCCCAGCUCCACAAGAUCCUGCAGAUCUCCGUGUUGGUGGUGGAGCUCCUGGACACGGGUUCCUCGGUGCUGGUCAGCCUGGAGGACGGGUGGGACAUCACCACGCAGGUGGUCUCCUUGGUGCAGCUGCUGUCGGAUCCAUACUAUCGGACGCUGGAGGGCUUCCGUCUCCUGGUGGAGAAGGAAUGGUUGUCCUUCGGCCACCGCUUCAGCCACCGCGGCGCUCAGACCUUGGCCGGGCAGAGCGGCGCCUUCGCCCCCAUCUUCCUGCAGUUCCUCGACUGCGUCCACCAGAUCCACCUGCAGUUCCCCAUGGAGUUCGAGUUCAGUCUCCACUACCUGAAGUUCCUCAGUUACCACUACAUCUCCAACCGCUUCCGGACGUUCCUCUUGGAUUCCGAUUACGAACGCAUCGAAUUGGGGGUCCUCUACGAGGAGAAGGGCGAACGGAAGCCCCAACAGAUGUCCAAAUCCGUUUGGGAUUACAUCGAACGGCUCCACAAGAAGGCGCCGAUCUUCUUCAACUUCAUGUACGCCCCCGAGGAUGGAGAGGUCCUGAGGCCCUACAGCAACAUCUCCAACCUGAAGGUUUGGGAUUACUACACCGAGGAGACGCUCUCGGAAGGUCCUUCUUACGAUUGGGAGUUGACCCAAAGCCAAGCGGACAACGCGGAAGAACCCGACCGCCACGACGCCGGCGCUCCGCAGACCAAACGGAAGAUCAUUUGGCCUUGCUACGACAACCGCCGCCGCCUCCAGCCCGACGCCAUCUCCAAGCUGCUGGAGGAGCUUCACAACUUGGAGGUGGAGCUGGGACAGAUCCCGGAGCGCUGGAAGGAGACGUGGGAUAAGGUGAAAGCUUCUCAACGCACCGAGACGCGGCCCGAGGGCAACCGGACUCCGAGCUCUCUCCUGAUGUCCUCGGGGCUGUCCCACCACCGGCGCUCGCUGGGGUCGUACCUACAGGAGAGCGGCGUCGGCUCCACCCUCAACCUCAGCCUCGACAGCGACGCCAGCGCCGCCUCCACUCCGUCCAGCGGGAAGCAGAGCGGCCGGCGCGGCACCGCUGCGCUCUACAGCCAAUUCCAGAUGGCCGAGAGCGAGAACAGGUCCUACGAGGGAUCCCUCUACAAGAAAGGAGCCUUCAUGAAACCCUGGAAGCCGCGGUGGUUCGUCCUGGAUAAAACCAAACAUCAGUUGCGGUACUACGACAGUCGGAUGGACACGGAAUGCAAAGGGGUCAUCGAUUUGGCCGACGUGGAAUCCAUCACCCCCGGAACGCCCACCAUGGGGGCGCCCAAGACGGUGGACGAGAAAGCCUUCUUCGAUUUGAAGACGACGAAACGCGUUUACAACUUCUGCGCCCAAGACGUGCAGUUGGCUCAGCAGUGGAUCGACCGCAUCCAAAGCUGUUUGUCCGACGCUUGAAACGCACUCCGGGAGCCUUUAUUCCACGCUCGGAAUCUCAGCG